AUGCAUGUUGCGGCGUUGGACUCCUCCCGAGGAGGCGCACGACACGACACGCCCCUUUCCCCUGUCGCCCCACUUUCCACCUCCCCGGAAAUUUCCUCUAGCAACCCUCCGGCGGCUGUCCCGGGUCCAAAUUUCGUCAAGCAUUCUCCCGCCUUCCUACUCGCUCUACCUUCCUUCUUGUGUCUCCAGGAAGAUGGUCGAUGA